AAUUGCAACUUUAUUUCGCCAACCAUCCUUGUUCUACUCAGUUCAUUCUCCUCUUCUUCUACCUUUCACUUUCUAUGCCAUCUCGCCGACCAACUGCCACCGAAAGUAUGCCUCCUCCCAGUCCUCCACCAGGCGAUGACAAUGAAGAGGCGCCGUUCUUCGAUAAUGUCGAUGAGCUCCAGCAGCACGGAAUAAACGUACAGGACAUUCUGAAGCUAAAAGGCCUCUUCCAUAAAUACGAUUUCAGGCAUUGUGAUGACGACACGUAGGCAGCUACUCAAGAUUAAAGUGCUGAAGAGCUUUUGGAAACUGGUUCAAUGGUCUUACACGUACUUUUUCAGGGAAUGUCCGAAGCAAAAGUCGAAAAGAUAAAGGAAGCGGCACAGAAAAUAGCGGGUUCAUCCUUUGCCACUGGUAU